AUGUAUAUUUUUGCAAACUUGAUUAAAAUGAAUAUUAUGACACACCUACAAAAUAUUACAUUUAAUUUUGGUGGGCCCACAAUCUCCAAAAGCAACAGCUCCUGUUUGAGAAACUCUGAACAAAAUAAGGGCUUCCCGGGGAGUUCCGCGGGUUACGAAUCCACCUGCAAUGCAGGGAACACAGGAGACACAGAAGACUUUGAUCCCUGGGUCAGAAGAUCCCCUGGAGGAGAUCAUGGCAACCCAAUCCAGUAUUCUCAGCUGGCAAAUGCCAUGAAAGAGGAGUCUGGCGGGCUACAGUUCCCAGGGUAG